AUGUACAAGAACACUGCGACCAUUUCCUAUCACAGCAUGAUUGAGCAGAUGCACUACAUGAUCGAGUGCUCGCAAGAUGGCAUCGACAAGCUGUUCGCUCAUGAUCCUUCCGCCAAACACAACAUUGGCAAGGGCACGGUAAUGGUCGCUGCCCUGAGAACUAACGAUUUCCAUCGCGACCAGCUGUACCCGGGCCCGCAUCUCGAUGAUCUAUAUGACGGUAAAAUUGUUCCGUACAUUUGGAACACGAUCAAGCGCCGCCCAAAUGCCAUCGAGAACCCGACGCGCAUUGAUAUGCGUGACGGAGCUCCCGUGUCGCUGAUGGCACUCAUGGUCGAUGUUUUCGACGGCGGCAUCACCAGCGCGUUCUUUGGUGCAGGUAUCUGGAAAGUCAAUCCAGCUCUACUCCGCGACUUCAUGACGUGGGAAGUUACCAACUGGAAGUGGACCUUUCAGCUGCCUAAGUUCAUGAGCGGUGAUAUGAUCAAGUCCAAAGACGCGAUCAUCGACACCUUCGUCAAAUGGCUGCAGCUUCCGGUUGAGGAGCGGCAAGACCGAGCUUACUUCCCCAAGGCGAUGGAGGAGAUGAUGCGCGAUAUUGGUGUGAGUGAGGAGGACAUGGCGAAGACCAUUAUGCUGCAUUUCUGGGCUGUUCUCGGAAAUACGUACAAAGUCGCCUUCUGGGUAUUCGCCUACAUCAUCUAUGACCCUAGUCUGCUCGCUGCAAUCCGCGAGGAGUCAGCAGGUGCGUUUAAGAACGGAUCGUACGAUGAGGAGUACAUCUUCAAAAACUGCGAUCAUCUCACUUCUCUCGUAAAUGAAACACUCCGACUGGCAGUGGCAAGUCCACUUGUUCGGGAUGUCGUCAAACCCACGCCUGUGGGUAACAAGGUGCUCGAGCCCGGUGCCAAAGUCAUGGUCCCGUUCCACCAGCUCCACCGCAACGAAUCGGUGUGGGGCUCCAAGCCUCUCGAAGUCGAAGGCGAUCGCUUCCUCACGAACCCGAAGCUGCUAAAUUCUAAGUCUUACCGACCAUUCGGCGGAGGCAGCACACUCUGCCCUGGACGACACAUGGCUCGUCGUGCAAUUGCGUUUGCUGUAGCGGCUAUGUUGAAUACAUACGACAUCAGUAUCGAUGCAGAGAGAACAAACAAGGCAAUGGGCAUAAAGGGAAACCGAAAAGACGCAGUAUUCCCGCGAAUCAACCACAGCAAGCCCAGCCCAGGUGCUAGUCUGCCGUUCCGCGAGGACGAUGUGUUCGUCAUUCUCCAUGAAAGAAAGGGGUAG